AUGCCAUCCAACAAGGACCGCCUGUACGUCGCUCUGUACGCACGGGGCGGCAAUGCCACGAUGCCAGGCAAAGAAGACACGUACCACUGGGCGUUAAUUAUCGGGCCCAAGGUCGAAACCGAGGGCGGAAUGGCCGUCCGUUACCACGCAAAGGAGCGACCAAAGCUGGGAGGAGGGUCGGAAUGGUUCUUCGAGGAGCGCGAGUGCCCACUUGCUCCAACCAGUAUGCUCCUUGUCCGUAUCGUCAUUGGCAAAGUUAUGGAUGGAAGUCGCGUGGUCGAGAUACUCCGGGCCACGCCUAUCCGACAAGGCCUGCCUGGAUGGAACUGUGUCUCGUGGGUGCAGGAGGCUCUAGAAACGCUCGGGGCCGAUCCAAAAGCAUUAGGGACGAAUGUUACCGACUGGGCGAAGGUGCGCAACCAAGCGAUGGGAUAUUGCCAGCAGAAAAAAGACCAGCACCGAUUCGAUGGGCAGGGCAAUUUCGAUAUGAGGAAGGUUCCGACGUUUGAUUUGAUGGAGUUGAAGGAGAUUGUCAUAUAA